AUGGCUGACAACACUCCUGCUGCUUCAGAUUCAUCAGGACGGGGCCGUGGUGGUCGCCGCCGGGGCCGCGGAGGGGCUCCCCCCUCCGGCCAUGCGGAUGGCCCACGCAACGCAGGGGGUGCCGCUAGUAGAGGAUCCAAGUCUCGUGGUCGAGGAGGCAAGGGUUCCGGAGGUCGCGAUCAAUCCCAGCUGGCGAACGGGUCCCAGGACAAGGAUACGCAAGCUACACCUACCCCAACUGCGACCGUCGGUUCCAAGGCCCUCCCAGCUGCCACCGACGACGCGGACGAUGGAGAGGUUUGUUUCAUCUGCGCUUCCAAGGUCGAACAUACCUCUGUCUCUCCGUGUAAUCACCGGACAUGUCAUAUCUGCGCGCUGAGACUCCGUGCGCUGUAUAAAAACAAAGCUUGCGCCCAUUGUCGUACCGAAGCAAGUUUUGUUAUCUUCACCGACGACCCCAACCGACAAUUCGAAGAUUUUCAGAAGAAGGACUUUGCUAGGACGGAUGAUAACUUGGGCGUUCUCUAUGAAAACGAUGAGAUUUUUGAGGACACUGUGUUAUUGCUUCGGUACAACUGCCCCGACGAGGACUGCGACGUGGCCUGCUUAGGAUGGCCCGAUUUACAUCGCCACGUGAAGAGCAAGCACAGCAAGAAGCAUGGUGAUGAUAAGCCAGGCGCGAUUAAUCAGAGCGGAUUCAAGGGACAUCCCGAGUGUGGUUUCUGUCAUCAGCGGUUCUACGGUGAUGAUGAACUUUACACCCACUGUCGAGAGCGCCAUGAGCGCUGUCACAUCUGCGACCGACGCAAUUCCAAUCGUCAGCAGCAAUACUAUGUCGAUUAUCACGCACUUGAGGACCACUUUCAACGUGACCAUUUUGUGUGCCUCGACAAGGAGUGCCUGGAGAAGAAAUUCGUGGUAUUCGAGUCUCAAAUGGAUCUCAAGGGACAUCAAAUAGAAGCACACCCUGAUGGUGUUUCGAAAGAUAUCAGACGGGAUGCACGGCUGGUCGAUCUUUCCGAGUUUGAUAAUAUGCGCAGCCCAUAUCAGCCUCAACGCCAACGGCGUGGUGCUGGUAGAGGACGAGACCCUAACGCUGAGCCAUUACCGGCCUCAAGUGCACAGACAUUAUCACGGGCUGAACUCGCUUUCCAACGACAAAUGGAUAUUCAGAGUGCGCAGUCCGUUUCAACGCGGAGCUUCGGAGGCCAGCUUACCAGAAACGACACCCAAACAGUGCAAGCACCACCCAGAUCAGCUGGCGCCACGCCAGUUCCCUCAUCCUCACGCACUCGACCUCCUCCAGCUGCAGAGCUUGAGAGCCUCAGUCUCGCUGCCAAUCCAGAGCCACUUGGGCCCCAAGAUCAAGCGCGAAAACUGCGCCACACGGCCGUAGUUGAACGAGCUACAAGUCUUCUCCGCAAUGACCAGAAUAAGCUUGCUGAAUUCCGUUUGAGAGUGUCCAGCUAUCGUACAUCUGCCAUCUCUGCCACUGAGCUCAUCGACGCAUUCUUUUCUCUAUUCGACACAUCUAGUUCUGACCUGGGCAAGCUCAUCAAGGAACUCGCUGACAUUUAUGAGGAAGACUCCAAGCGCACUGGUCUGUUGCAAUCUUGGAAUGAUUGGCGAGCCAUUAAUGAGGACUACCCAGCUCUACCAGGUCCCGGCGGACUUUUGCCUGGCAUGUCCCCAGGUACUGCCAACACUGGCGGCAAGCGUGUCUUGCGUUUGAAAUCGUCCACUGCCCAGUCCUCACGGUCCGCGGUUGGCCGAAGUGGUGCCAUGCCAUCUGCAUCCUCAAAUCCUUUCCCCCCUCUCGCUGCUUCCGCUGGUCCUUCCUCUCGCCGUAACAAGCCCGCUCCUUCCACUCCAUGGGCGGCUGCCGCCCCACCGCCCCUUGCACGCCCAUCUAUCCCCAGUGGCCCUGUACGAUCUACCUCUUCAACUCCACCCACACCUGCGCGCGCUGCACCACCACCCAGAACUGGUGCUGACGCAUUCCCAGCUCUUCCUGCAGCUGCAAGGCCGAAUGUAAUGAUGGCAGGCAAGACUCGCGGCUAUGUGCGCUGGGACGAUCGCCGUGGUCCAGCCCCAACUGCCUGGGGAUCUAACCCCUCUUCUGGCCUUGCAUCUCCCGCCGAACCAGCUGAUGCAGACUUCGAUGAUAGUAAAAAGGGCAAAAAGAAGAAGGGCAAGCAAACGCUUUACCACUUUGGUUAA